AUGGGUGUGCACGGCCUGACCAGUUUUCUGCGCGAGAAUAAGACUGCGCUGGCGCAUGUGUUGGAAUUCCCGCCGCCACGCCUUAGUCCCUGGGGAGGCAAAACGAGCACAGCCCUCGUCGUAGAUGGUUGGUCAUUCAUCUACGAACUGUUGCAUUGUGCGGACCUUCCGUGGGUCUACGGGGGAGAAUACGAUGCGUUCGCGAGGCUCAUCGAACGGGUAGCAACGGGAUGGAUAGCGGUUGGACUGCAUCUUCAUUUUGUUUUUGAUGGCCCAUAUCCCGCUCUCAAAUUUCCUACGCUCGUAUCGCGUGUCACCCAAACUAGCAUCCACGGAGGGCUGCUGUUCUUCCGUACCUCCCCGUCCGCCAGAGCCACUCCGCGCUUCCUGCACGAAACUCAGAUUCUUCCGCCUCUUACAUACACAGUCUGUGUCCAGACGCUUCUCCGCCUUGCGUCUGCUCCAGACGUGCCUCUGGAAGUCCAUUUUGCCGACGAGGAAGGGGACCCAUACGCCGUCGCCCUUGCUGGACGCCUCCACGCGUACGUUGCAGGCAAGGACUCGGACUUUGUCGUGCUCAAUGUCGACGGAUACAAGGGGUACAUGCCCCUGGACGAAAUGGUCUGGAACACUCUCACAUCAUCUUCUUCCGCCUCCGAGACAAGCAGCCUGUAUAGUUCCCUGAACGGCGACGGCGACGAGGAGGAAGACGAGUAUGGGUUCAAGAAGGUACGCAAGGCCAAAUCACGCAAGCGGGCUGCCGCCAAUCACCGCGUCGGACGCGGCCUGAUACCCCCCGAUACCACGAUAGAGCCUGACGGCGAGCUUACACUCUCGUGCACUGUAUACACUCCCGACGACCUCGCGUCGCAUCUUCAGCUUCCUGUCUCUGUCUUGUCUCUGGUCGGCGCACUAGUCGGGAAUGAUUACACUGGGCAGCCAGAUGAGUCUGCCCCUUCAUCACGGAGGAAAAGCAAUCUGCACCGUCUGUUCUUCGAGCGGCAGCUGACACUUGUACAGCGCAUUGUGCGAGUCGCAACCACCUUGCGUAGCAUCCUUUCCUCCGCCUUCUCUUCUGGCGGUGCUCCCGCCCCCAAGAGGAAGCAGAAGGAGAUUGGCAGCGUCAUGGAGCUCAUCGAUGCCGCCGUAACAGCGUUGCUCAUCCGCCCGUUGGACACCCUUGCUACUGGAGAGCUGGAGGACAUCGUCGAUCGCAUAGCGGAGGCCACGCUGCAGUAUGCCAUACCUCGGCAGGACGAGUUGGAGGUUUCCACCGCUCAUAACGGACGAUUGCAGUGGGCCUCCGACGUAUGCGCGCUCCAUGAUCAUGAGUCGUGUCCACUUUUCGCCCUACUGUCGCGUCUGGACAUCUGCGCAUACCAUGAUUCCGCGGAGACACUAGUUCGUGUGGCUGCAUCAUAUGUCGCAGCGUAUCGGGCCGGUAAUCUCAAUCCGCACGUACUAAACUCCAUAAGCACGGGAACCGCCUGGCCCAAGGUCUUCCUUGAGGACCCGGACAAGGAGACCGUGGCGCGCAGCAUCGGCCGACCUAUCAGGGAGGCUGGCUACGCCAUACUUGGCGCUGGGUCUGUUCCCGCGCAGUCCACGGACAAUGAGGACCCUGAGGACGAAUACGACUCCGGCGAUGAACUGAUUGAUGUCGUUGAGGAGAGCGACGACGACGACGACGACCCCCUUGCACCGCUGAGAGGUGCCUUGGAGCAGCUUGGCGACGGCCAGAAACAGGAUAACGGCCAAGCGCGAACGGGACAAACGGCGCCGCCAUCAGCCAAAGAAACGCUUCCACGGAUAGUGACCGAAUGUGUCAGACGGGGUACACACCUUUCGGCCGAAGACGUAUCCGUCCCCGCGCUGCACGACAUCAUGAAGACGCUGUCCCUUCCGCAGCCGCAGCAUGACGGACAACAUGCACAGGUCCCUGUGCAGCUGUGGCCCCUCGAUGCACGUCGCGUCUUUCUCCUUCGGAUUCUCCAAUCCGACGUCCCAAGCAUCAAAGCGGUGAGCGACGACAAGCUCAUCGCAGUGCUCGCGGUACGGUGGGUAGUCCGUUGUAUGCAUGCCCGGGCCGCAGAGAGCGACGGCAACAAGGAACGAGAGAAGGAGCGGUGGACACAAGUCGAAGCCAGGACCUUCCUGAACGCGUUCGCGUGGUCCCCGUCUGGAGAAGCGGCGGAUACCGCCCCCGAGGAACUCCCCGUAGAACCGGUGCAGAUAAUCGAGCGGAAUGUCCAGCUCGUCGCCCAGCUCACAAUGGCGCUGGAUACCAUUGAACAGCUCGCUCAGAUCUUGCUGCUUGGCGACGUCAUUCCCACUCCAGCCGCGCUCUUCUCGGGGAGACGGUUCCAUGCAAAUCUCGUACGACUCGGGAAUGAUUCGAUGGCCGACUCCAGCAACGCUUUGUGGCGCGCGUGUCUCGAAGGGCUUGAGCACGCGUUUGCAGGGAGGGGACCAAAGGCCAAAAAGGACCGCAAGAAGGAGGCAAGGGCACCUAUAACGUCUCCCGCUAAGGUGCAGCCAGGACAGGGGCAGCCAAGGCGGGGCGGAAUGUACGACAUUUUGGCACAAUUGGAUGGAUGAGUGUGAUUAACCUUCGAUAAUUUAACACUAACGUUCAUUGUAUGUAUCCCUGCACAAGCCCAUUGUAUCAUACCUUCCUCCUUUUCCACCAUCAAAUGUAUCGUUGUCUGUACCACGG